GAACAAAACAAAGUGAAAUUAGAAACUGACAAAUUUCAAACGGUCACUUUUGUUCUUUUUUUUUUUUCAAAGCAAAGUUCAGGACGAUGACGAUGGUGAAGACACUCAAUGUCGAAAGCCCACUCCUCCUCUCACCACGCUCUCUAUGCUUCACCCAAAUCCAUCAAUCAAAUGCUUCGCUUCACAUCGCCAUAUUUGGAUCAAGACCCUCCACUUCUGGCCUCACCCUUUCGCAUUCACGUCGAAACCAGAUCCAAAAGUUCAUCUACGCUAGAAAAAGAAGGAAAACUGGGUCCCAAAGAACGACAAGAUUCAUACUCAAUUUGAUGGCUGUCAUCGCUUCCAACCUGAAGAUCUUACCACAACCAUUGUAUUUGGUUCUUGAAGAAUUCGCCGGCGGAAAUGGAAGUGGUGGAGAUGGGGGUGCAGGCUUUUGGAGGGGUUUUGGAUGGGGAGGUUUUGAUGGGUGGCGUAGGAAACGAAAGAAAAAGCUAUGGAUGUACGGGUUUCUGCUGAUUUGCGGGUUGGGUUUUGUGUUUGGGAGGGAAAUUGAGAGCAAUGUGGUUUGGUGGGGUAUGGGUUUGGGUCCUUUGGGGGUUGCUUUGAUUCAGUUUUGGGAAAAGAAUGGAGGAAUUCAAGGUUGGGUUUUGGGGUUUUGUCUAUGGAGUUUUUUGGUGGGUCUGACGUUUAGGAGAGAGGAGUUGCAGAAAUGGGUCGGCAAGUUAAGCCUUCCAUCUUCAUUGCUGGAGAAUGUAAGAAUAGGAGGAACAAGAAGAAGAAGAAGAAAAACCGGAAGAGCAUUUUAGGAAGCUACAAACAAAAGUUUUGUAUUUUUUUUAUCAUCUUUUUGUUUUGUUUUUCAUCUGCGAAAGAUGUUGAUUUCUUCUCAUACCUACUCAUACACAAUCACCAUGAAUGAAAUAUGAUUCCCUUCUUUUUUAAUAUAAUUUUCUUCAUAUUGUGUAAUGCU